AUGCGCGGCUCACCGCAUAGCUCGUUCUUCAGCAGCGAGUCCAGCUCUACCAACAUGGAGUCUCUCUCAGAGUCGUCAUCAUCAUCUUGCCCAGACGCGCCUCUAAACACGCCAAAACCAAUAUUCUCCAAAGGGUCUAUAUCGCCCUCGCCACUUCAAAAGAAUUUCGGUCCCGAUCUGUCUUUGUUGAUAUCCACCACUGAUACGUUUGGAGGUGUGGUUCGCGAUGAGUAUGGUGAUGAUGAAGAUUCGAUGCAGACGCACUCGGUUUCCUCCGUGAUAGAGAUCGAACAGGACGUCGAUGGGCAAGAAAUAGAAUAUGCAGAGGAAUCGUUGGACUGGAUUGCCCAAGCAAUCGCGCCUUUACGUGAAUUCGUCGUUCCCGCCAAUCCACGCCAGUUGUUUGCAGAUCUACAAGAAGUCGCGGAGGGAGACAGCGGCUCGGUGUACGCUGCGAGAGUCUUGAAACAUGACGUCGUCGGCGUUCCCACGUCUUCAUCUCAUCUUGCCAUCAAGAGCAUCGCGAUCCCGCAAACGGGCUCGGCCAAGUUCAAAGAUCUGCAGCGAGAGAUGAAGGUGAUGAAGGGGAUCAGGCACGAGAAUAUCCUGUGCAUGGAUGCGCUGUAUGUGGACCUUGUGGAUGACUCGUUGUGGAUCAGGAUGGAGCUUAUGGAGAGGAGUUUGGCGGAUGUGGUGGGUCUUGUGAGCGAGGGUCUUUCUCUACAGGAGCGCAUGAUUGGGAGAUUUGCAAGCGAUGUAUUACUCGCUCUGGAGUACUUGCAGAAACAACAUAUUGCGCAUAGGGAUGUGCGGUCAGAUAACCUGCUAUUGAAUUCAAGUGGUGUAGUUAAACUUGCGGACUUUUCAAAUGCCGCUCGACUCGCUCGAGAUGCGCCAAUGUGCUUUGAGGCCGUCGGGGUGAUAUACUGGCAGGCACCAGAGAUGAGAGCUGGCGCCUAUAACGCAAUGAAGGUAGAUGUAUGGUCAUUGGGCGCUACUGUUUGGGAGUUGGCCCAGACGGAGCCGCCAUUCGCUGAUGUGCAAGAUCCUCGCGAAAUUGGCGAUCAGUGGCCUUCUCUAAGUCAUCCUGAAUAUUACUCACGAGCUUUCCACGAUUUCUUGCGUCUUUGCUCCCGACCUUCUUCUUCGAGGCCGAAUCCCAGUGAGCUGUUGAACACUCCCUUCAUUAGAAAUGCCUGUGGACGUGCCGUCAACGUCCAACUCCUUUCACAAUGUAGAGCCAUCGAGGAGAACAUCAUGCAAAGGGAGAACGAUAAUUCAUAA